ACAGGUCAUUGAAUAGUUAGUGUCAGCUGACUGUCCCUCAGUUGAUGUGAACCACCUGAGUGUCUGCUGAUCAGAGGCUGUGGUGCAUUAUGGGACAUGUGUCUGUUCUCCUGCAGCCGCGGGCGGUGAACGUGGAUCUGCAGACGGACGCCACGCUGCAGGUCGACAUCUCCGACGCCCUGAGUGAGAGAGACAAGGUCAAGUUCACCGUGCACACCAAGAGCACGCUCCCUAACUUCAAGCAGAACGAGUUCUCAGUGGUUCGACAGCACGAGGAGUUCAUCUGGCUGCACGACUCGUUUGUGGAGAAUGAAGACUACGCAGGAUACAUCAUCCCCCCUGCCCCCCCCAGACCAGACUUUGAUGCGUCCAGAGAGAAGCUGCAGAAGCUCGGGGAGGGAGAAGGAUCCAUGACCAAGGAGGAGUUCACCAAGAUGAAGCAGGAGCUGGAGGCAGAGUACCUGGCCAUCUUCAAGAAGACUGUCGCAAUGCACGAGGUCUUCCUGUGUCGCGUGGCGGCUCAUCCUGUCCUCAGGAAGGACCUCAACUUCCAUGUCUUCUUGGAGUACAACCAGGAU